AUGGACUAUAGGCACAGACCAUCGGGUGAAAAAUUACCUUUGUUCCUAUUGAAGAAAUGGAGGAAGCGAAAUCAAGGUGCAGAUGUAUCAUCAGCUUCCAGCAUCGCAGGAGAUACUAACUCGCAAUCAUUGAAAGCGAGUUGUGGUAGUCAAGCAGAUAGACUUUUUUCCAUUGGAGAAAUUGAAAAUCGUCUUCGCAAAACGGCAGCUGCGGUAUCGAAUUUACAGAAACAGAUAUAUCGAGGAGAAGAGCUGUACUAUGAGGACACCAUGCCUCACAGAAACAUAUGCAAAGGAGGCUUGGAAGGGUUUGUAGAUACGAAGGAUGUAGUCAGUGGUGACAGUGGACUCACGCGAGGUUUGCAUCAAAGUAUUCGAAAAGUACCUGGCGAUGUACGGUGGUUCUCUGAAAGUAGUGUGUCGAAGGAGGAAAUGCACAAGCGAAGCCUUGAUAUCGUGCAUACAGCAAGUGCCAAGAAGCCUAUGAUAGAUGCCUCCGAUGGCGAUUUGAAUUCCUCUGAUCGCAAGCAUUCGCAAAAUACCAUUCAUUUGAAUGAUGUGAAUAGUAAUCCAUCGCGAACUACCAAAGUAAACGUGGAGUCAAUUGACACGAAAAGGAAACGAAACGAUACAGACGAGCACGGUCAUAAAAUUCCACCUGCUAGAAGGUCAAAAACUGUAGAGCUCAAAAACGCCCAGAGUAAUGUGGCAGCAAAGAUGAACGAAGACUAUUCUGAUGGGAACAGUGAAUUGGUGCUACCAAAAGAUAUUGACAGUGAAAAAACAAGUGAUCCUCAUUCUAGAAAGGGUUCCACGACAGCUCUCGUGAAGAAGGAUGAGUCGAAGAAGGUAGACUCGCAAAGACGAAGAAGAAGUAGACGGGGGGCAAACUCGUAG